AUGUGGGCAAUGGGCGCUAUGGCAGUCGAGAUUGCUACCUUGAAGCCACUCUUCCCCGGAGGUAACGAGGUGGACCAGGUCUGGCGCGUGUGUGAGAUUAUGGGCAGUCCCGGAAACUGGUACAGUAAGUCGGGUGCAAAGAUUGGUGGAGGUGAAUGGCGGGAGGGAUCACGCUUGGCUCACAAGCUGGGUUUCACAUUCCCUAAGAUGGCACCCCACGCGAUGGAAUCCGUCUUGCAGCCCCCACAGUGGCCCGCGGCUUUCAGUGAAUUCGUCACUUGGUGUCUCAUGUGGGAUCCCAAGAAUCGCCCAACGUCUACCCAGGCGUUGAACCACGAGUACUUCGCCGAUGCGGUUGAUCCGGUGCGUCCCAAGUCCUCAACCUCAGCGCGACUCCUGGGUCGCAAGCAGUCCGAGAAGAGCUUCAAGUCUUCGACUCUUUCUCCUGGUGACUCCCCUACAUUGUCUUCUAAGCCUUCUUGGUUCCGGCGAUCGUUGGUAGUUCGGUCAGGCAGCCCUGCGCCUGCUUCUGAGGAUAGCCCUGUCCGGCAAUCGGCCGUCACGCAAGUCUCUGUGCCUGAGAUUCAGCCUGUCAAGCCGCGUCCCGCAAAUCCUAAGCGGGCUACUUGGGCAAGUGGUGCGCCAAUGCCAAUCCUUCCUUCUAUCCGCCCUGUCUCUCCCCUCUCCAACUCUGUCACUGCCCAGGCGAACGUGACCGCGGCGCACAGCGAGUCCACCAAGUCUUCGGAGACUUCUGCAAGCGCAAAGAUCGGUCGUCAAUUGUCUGUCAACUCCCAUGGCAAUCACUAUUCGGAUGCCAAUCGUCAAGAGGCCGAACGGAUGCUCAAUGGCUCCGGGAGCAACACUCCAACCACCAAGGAGAGCUUCUUUUCCCAUCUUCGCAAGCGCGCCCGCAGACUGUCUGGACGCAACCAAUCUGCACCCACCGAUGACGUCGAGGCCAACGCGGGUUGCAUCCCUUGGUCGAACCGUUCGUCGAUGGCUCUCGACGGGCCUACCAGUGACCCAAAGCAAGGUUCCGACUUGAGCGAGCUGGACAAGGCUCUCCAGGGUGUCAAGUAUUCUCUGGACUCAUCCGCGCUCGGCAACGUCCCGGUGCAUCUGCACAAUGGUGCUGACGGCAACACCAUCAAGCGUCAGUCAAUGCCUCAGGCCACUGGCAACAACGUUGCUCCAAUCUCCAGCAGGACCCGCCGUGCCAUGCAGAUGUCUACCCACCCGGUUCACCGUUACGAGACCCCCGAAGAGGAGGAUGAGUUGCUCGAUGAAGUGUUGCAUUCCGCCAGCAAGGCAGCUAGACGCCUCGCCCAGUCACAGUCCACGAGCUCUGAUUCUCACAGCGGUGCUCACCGCCAGUCGGAGAACUCCCGCACACAGCAUAACCCCUAUCCCACACCGUCUCCGACGGCCAAGGAGUGUGCUACGUUUGGGCAGCAGUCGACACCGAGCAAGCUCAACUUGCACAAGCUUGAUCACGCGAUGGCACACCGUCAUUGGCCCACUCCUCCUUACGAAGAGGCCGAGCUCCACAACAAGAAGUCUGACUACUUCUCUCGCGGAUCCAACUUCAUCUAG